AUGGAGCGAAAUCAAGACAGCGAUGCGAACGAUGCGGCGUGGUUGGAUGCAUUGCCGGAAGAAUGCAUCUCAAUAGUGGUUUCCCAUACAUCGCCACGAGAUGCUUGCGUUGUGGCUUCGGUUUCGAAAACGAUGAAGUCGGCGGCUGAAUCAGAUUUGGUUUGGGAGAAGUUUCUUCCGGCGGAGUACUUGUCUCUUGUUCCUAGGUCGAUAGAAUUCUCGUCGAAGAAAGAGAUGUAUAUGUCUCUUACUGAUGAUUCCGUUCUAAUCGACGACGGGAAAAAGAUGUUUUGGUUGGAGAAAGGAAGUGGGAAGAAGUGUUACAUGUUAUCUGCAAUGGAUUUAAAUAUCAUAUGGAGUGAUUGUUCUGUUUAUUGGCAAUGGAAUACUGUUCCUGAAUCUAAGUUUGAGAAAGUAGCGCAGCUUCGUUACGUGUAUUGGUUUGAGAUUCGGAGCAAGAUAAGUUGCGGAAUGCUGUCCAAGGGGACACAUUACUCUGUAUACGCAGUGGUCAAGAUAGAAAGUUAUGGAUCACGCGGGUUAGAUGACACGCCCAUGGAAGCUCAAGUCGGGUUUGUAGGGGAGGAAGCUAGCAAAACGUUUGUGUUACUCCAACCAAGGGAUACAUACCGGCGCGGUGGUUAUCGUGGUUGUUACUCGAGUGGUUCUGGCACACUGAUGGAAGAAGUUGAAGAAGAAAGGGAGACUAGUGAGAGUGUGGAGGAGCCAAAGCAGAGAGGAGAUGGGUGGAAUGAAGUGAAGCUUGGGAGCUUUUACAUCAGUGAUGGUGGUUGUGAUGAUGGUGAUGAGAUUGAGUUUUCUAUUGUGGAGAUUAAGAAGAGAAAUUACAAGAGUGGUUUGAUUCUCCAGGGGAUCGAGAUAAGGCCUAUGAUAUAA